CAGGAAUCGUCCAAUCAGGAGCAGGUAAGAGCUGCGGCUGGGGGCUGAGCUACAGCCAGCGGAGCUCUACAGUAUUUUGGCGGUUAUGCGGAAAAUAUGGCGGAAAGUUUGAAAGAGUGCUGUGUUCCCUGUAAGGUGGCCUGGGAUGAGCUGGAGGCUCUUUGCCGCGGGGAGAGGCUCUACUGCACAGAGCUGAACAUCAACAGAGCAAAUGUCAAUGAAUAUGAAGUGGAGUUUCUCUGCGACUAUAAGAAGAUCAAGGGAGAAGAGUUCUACUUUGUUAAAUGGAAAGGCUUCCCUGAAUCCGAUAAUACGUGGGAACCCAAAAGGAACCUCAAAUGUCCAAAGCUGAUGAAACUGUUCCACUUGGACCUGGAUCAGGUUCUGAAGAGCCUGAGGAAGCGCAGCAUCCCCAAAAGGUUGGACCGAGACGUCACUCUGAUGUUAGUUCAGAAAGCCAAACAUCGCCAGAGUCUCCAGCGAUGGCAAGACCAUUUAAACAAGACUCGCAAUCACCCCGGGCGCAUCUUCGUCACAAACGAGGUGGACCUGGACGGCCCUCCCAAACACUUCACCUACAUUAACAACUACAAAGUGGGCCCCGGCAUUGUGCUGAAUGAGAUGGCCGUUGGCUGUGAAUGCAAAGACUGUUUAAAGGAGCCGGUGAACGGUUGCUGCCCCGGGGCUUCGCUGCAUCGGAUGGCCUACAAUGACAAGGGUCAGGUUCGCAUCCGGCCAGGACAGCCCAUAUACGAGUGUAACUCCAGAUGCAACUGUGGGCCUGACUGCUCCAACAGGGUGGUGCAGAAAGGGAUCCAGUUCGACCUUUGCAUCUUUAAGACGGAGAACGGCCGGGGCUGGGGCGUGCGUACUCUGCAGCACAUCAGGAAGAACACGUUUGUCAUGGAGUAUGUGGGAGAGAUCAUAACGACGGACGAGGCGGAGAGAAGAGGCCAUUUCUACGACCGGCAGGGCUCUACUUACCUCUUCGACCUGGAUUAUGUGGAGGAUGUGUACACUGUGGAUGCAGCUCACAUAGGGAACAUUUCCCACUUCGUCAAUCACAGCUGUAACCCGAACCUGCAGGUCUUCAAUGUGUUCAUCGAUAACAUCGAUGAGAGGCUCCCCAGAAUCGCUCUGUUUUCCACGCGGGCCAUCCGAGCCGGGGAAGAGCUCACCUUCGACUACAAGAUGCAGAUUGACCCAGUGGACACAGAAAGCACCAAAAUGGACUCCAGUUUCAGUCUAGCCGGCCUCCCGUCGUCUCCAAAGAAAAGGAUCCGGGUGGAGUGUCGGUGUGGGUCCGACUCCUGCAGAAAGUACCUGUUCUGACCGACCGCUGCAGAGAACUUUUUUAAAGCCGUACAGUUGAAUCAGUUUUUUUAAUCAAACACCUCCAGCUUGUGUUGUGAUGAGGCAGUAUUUUAAGACAUGUUUUGUGAGUUUUGUUCCCCCGCAGUUUUAAAAAGGAUCAUUUGUUUUAUGUUUUUAAUUUUUUGUUUUAUUCCAGACUGAGAAUCAAUCUGUUCGCCGUCCACAGGUGGCGCCGUUCUCCUCAGAAAUGACAUGCAAACCAAACCUCCAUUUCCUGUUUUGGUGUAAAUAUUUUAGGCAGAUUUUUAGAAUUGUUGAAAUCCCCCGCUGCUGGAGCAUCUGGACUUUGGAUCGGCGGGAUGUUUCUGAUCUAGAACCGUCCGUCUGGACUUUGGACCGGCGGGAUGUUUCUGAUCUAGAACCGUCCGUCUGGACUUUGGAUCGGCGGGAUGUUUCUGAUCUAGAACCGUCCGUCUGGACUUUGGACCGGCGGGAUGUUUCUGAUCUAGAACCGUCCGUCUGGACUUUGGAUCGGAGGGAUGUUUCUGAUCUAGAACCGUCCGUCUGGACUUUGGAUCGGCGGGAUGUUUCUGAUCUAGAACCGUCCGUCUGGACUUUGGAUCGGCGGGAUGUUUCUGAUCUAGAACCGUCCGUCUGGACUUUGGAUCGGCGGGAUGUUUCUGAUCUAGAACCGUCCGUCUGGACUUUGGAUCGGGGGGAUGUUUCUGAUCUAGAACCGCCCGUCUGGACUUUGGAUCGGCGGGAUGUUUCUGAUCUAGAACCGUCCGUCUGGACUUUGGAUCGGAGGGAUGUUUCUGAACUAGAACCGCCCGUCUGGACUUUGGAUCGGCGGGAUGUUUCUGAUCUAGAACCGUCCGUCUGGACUUUGGAUCGGCGGGAUGUUUCUGAUCUAGAACCGUCCGUCUGGACUUUGGAUCGGCGGGAUGUUUCUGAUCUAGAACCGUCCGUCUGGACUUUGGAUCGGAGGGAUGUUUCUGAUCUAGAACCGUCCGUCUGGACUUUGGAUCGGCGGGGUGUUUCUGAUCUAGAACCGUCCGUCUGGACUUUGGAUCGGCGGGGUGUUUCUGAUCUAGAACCGUCCGUCUGGACUUUGGAUCGGCGGGGUGUUUCUGAUCUAGAACCGUCCGUCUGGACUUUGGAUCGGCGGGGUGUUUCUGAUCAAGAACCGUCCGUCUGGACUUUGGAUCGGCGGGGUGUUUCUGAUCUAGAACCGUCCGUCUGGACUUUGGAUCGGCGGGGUGUUUCUGAUCUAGAACCGUCCGUCUGGACCUUGGAUCGGCGGGGUGUUUCUGAUCUAGAACCGUCCGUCUGGACUUUGGACCGGCGGGAUGUUUCUGAUCUAGAACCGUCCGUCUGGACUUUGGAUCGGAGGGAUGUUUCUGAUCUAGAACCGUCCGUCUGGACUUUGGAUCGGCGGGAUGUUUCUGAUCUAGAACCGUCCGUCUGGACUUUGGAUCGGGGGGAUGUUUCUGAUCUAGAACCGCCCGUCUGGACUUUGGAUCGGCGGGAUGUUUCUGAUCUAGAACCGUCCGUCUGGACUUUGGAUCGGCGGGGUGUUUCUGAUCUAGAACCGUCCGUCUGGACUUUGGACCGGCGGGAUGUUUCUGAUCUAGAACCGUCCGUCUGGACUUUGGAUCGGAGGGGUGUUUCUGAUCUAGAACCGUCCGUCUGGACUUUGGAUCGGCGGGGUGUUUCUGAUCUAGAACCGUCCGUCUGGACUUUGGAUCGGCGGGGUGUUUCUGAUCUAGAACCGUCCGUCUGGACUUUGGAUCGGCGGGGUGUUUCUGAUCUAGAACCGUCCGUCUGGACUUUGGAUCGGCGGGGUGUUUCUGAUCUAGAACCGUCCGUCUGGACUUUGGAUCGGCGGGGUGUUUCUGAUCUAGAACCGUCCGUCUGGACUUUGGAUCGGCGGGAUGUUUCUGAUCUAGAACCGUCCAACAAGGAUCAGUCCUUUCUUCUUUUUUUUUAAAAACUGCCGGUAAAAUAAUAUCCUGUUUUCUUUCUUCUUUAUUUAGAUCGAUUGAUUUCUUGUAAAAACUGAAUCAAUUCAAUCAGUUCAUCCAGAUCACUCUUUGGAUCCCUUUAUUUUUUCUAGUUUGUUCUGCAUGUUGUCCUUUAGAGUGUUGCUGGUGCGCAGGUCACCAGUACGUUAUGGUUUGUUUCCAGUCAGACUUGGCGUGCACGAUGAUGUGGCCAAUCCUGUCCUCAUGCCAGUGCUCUUUUAUAGUCCUGAUUGUGUGAGGAUAAAAAUAAAUUAAGGAAGACUGCUCCGGCGCCGCAUUUAUUAGGUGAAUGUUAUUUUCUUUUAUUCUCUCCACAGAGUGAAACUUCUGGAUUUGAGCUAAAUGGACAAAUCUGGGAGAGAAAACCGUGACGGUUAGAGAGCUGUGUAUUAGUUUACAUCUAAACACGCGAUAAAAGGUCUGGAGGACAUUUAGCGGAGCUUCAAUAAAGCAAAGGAAGCCGCCGGUCCCCUAAUAUCUCUGCAUGGAUGUUUGUGAAUAUGAGAUAAAUGUACAGAAGCAUUCACCUCCCCACGCUGGGGGGCUUUCUACGUGUUUAGUUGCAUUCUUGUAAUUCUGUCUUUUUUCUUUUUAUGUGAUGAAAUAAAAUAGAAAAAAUAUAUUUAUAUAAAAAGGAUUAAAAAAA